CAGCCGGCAUAUUUGUUGAUUAGUACCUAAAGCCACUUAUUUAAGGGCUACGCACACAUUACAUAAGUUGGUCUGCAUUACACCAGCUGUUUGGUAUUGGUCUUAAAGUUUCCAGGAUAGCAGUACACUGUCAGGCAAAAGGCAUUUCCAGUCCUUUGACAUUGGCUUAUCAAAAAAGAAAAAAGAAUGAGGGAGGCCUGAGUUGCAUGCUUGAGGUGUUGACACAGCUUCUUAGAUGAUUUGUGUGACGUGCGGUGAGCAGGACUUACGGUCAAUUUAGCAUGCCGUCAGUGAUAGUUUGUUGACAAGGUUACUACAGGGUCUAUAAGCUGUACUCUGGAAUGAAAAGCAAUAUCAGAGUAAAUAUACAGGAUGACUCAGGUUACUCAAUUUGUUCCUUGACUCUGGUCCCAAACAGAAUUGGUUAUGAGCCAAAACGAAGCUCACCACAGCAAACAUUAUAAAAACUGUUUGUCCAGGCUAUGGGGCUAUUGCACUAGUGUUUCCAGCCGAGCUGGUAGCGCCACCUGCCGUAGGUGGCGGUAAAGUUAGGUUGGCUGCUAGUUGCUCCCAGGUGUGCAGUCACGUUAAAGCAGCAUGGCAGCUCGCCAAAAGGACAUGAAAAAGUCACGAAAGUCCGGCUCUUCUCCAUACUGCUGCAUAUAUGGCUGCCAUAAUAGCCAUAGGAACACUGUUGGAAAACAACCGCCUAUAAAAUUCUACCGGUUCCCAUGUAAAUCGUACGAAACUGAAAGAAGACAACAUUGGAUCACGGCUGGGAGACGCGCAAGGUGAACAACGCCUCGGACUUUGUCCAUGAACAAUCUAACUUUCUUGCGCUUAUUUUUGCCUUUUGUACUCGUGCAUGAACAGUUCAUUUCUCUUUGCCAGCCCGAAUGGCAAGCAAUUGCAGCCGGUGUGGAAUCACGCGCAUUUGCAGAGUCCACUUUGUUGGGAACGAAAAAAGCUCGAUAGCUCAGCACCCAGCGUACGUGCAGACGUUAUUUCCCUCGUGCUACAGAAAAGAUGAUCGUGUGUUGCCCAAGAAGAAGCUCGAGAGGUACCAAAGGCUUCAGCGGCACAGAUCGUCUCUGCUAGUCACUAAACCACCGUCAUCAGCUGUUCCACUAGAAAAUUCAGACAUCGAGGAAUCCUUUGCAGGCUCACUGCGACACGCACCUGAACUGGCCAAUAACAUGUCAGACAGAUUUGUCUCCGUGGCAACUCAGACAGAAAAAGACUAGUCUCUGGGACCAUGCAAUCCGUUUCUUUCUGUCGUCACCCAGUGUACUGCUUCGACGCAAGUGUCACAUGUCAAUACCAUCGACAAAAGUGUGCAGGCAGGAGCUGCAACAAGCUCUACAGCAAGUGGCCCUGAGGAGCACAGUUGUGUGUUCCUUGGUUAUGACUCCUUGUGUGGAAGAGUGGACGCUUUCAGAGAACUAUGUUGUGUGAACGCAAAUGUUUUUGCUCUGCUAAUGCCUCUGUUUUCGUCUGUGGUUGUACGCAGCAUUGAUGUCCCUGUGCCACAAAAGAUGGUGAUUUUUAAUGAAGAUGAAGCUUGGCAUAUCAUUUGCAAGCAUAGCUGUUCUUUUUGACCUGCAUCAAACAGCUGUCAGCCGUGUAUCUUUAAUUUUUUUAGAAAUCUUCUGUCCUCAAUGGAACAGUUCAUUUCCGAGCCGUCACAGGCUAACGUAGGAGCAACAAUGCCAGCUUGUUUCAAGCUCCACUAUCUUAACUGCCGCUUCAUCAUUAUUGCACAGAAGUGAGGACAGAAGAGCCGCCCACUGUAUAGCAGCAACGAAGCUUAUUUUUUCAUUACAAAGGGUGCUACACGAUAAAUUUUCUUAUUGCAAUUUUUCUGAAUGGUGCCGUGACAUUUCUGUCAAGUCCUAUGGAGGUCGUGCUUCAGAUACGCAUAUCACACUCGAGUCAGGCUUCCUCGACAGGAUUGAACCAGGUGAUGUCCUCGCUGACAAAGGUUUUCCUGGUAUCAGAGCACCAGUGGAAGGCAGUAAAGGAACUGUUAUUUUGCCCCCUUUCUCCAGGUGUAAUGUGCAGUUUACUUAUGAGGAGCUGCAACAGACAUACCAUAUUGCACAAGUACGCAUUCAUGUUGAACGAGCAAUCCAGCGCAUCAAGAUGUUCAAUGUUGUUGAUGCACAUAUUCCUAAUGACCUGAUACCUCGUAUGACUUACAUUAUGCGUAUGUGUUGCACACUCUUGAAUUUGCAGCCACCAAUCUUAAGUGCACAAAGGCAUGAAAACAAUCAAAAUUGAUGCUUGACACUCAACUGCUCACUGCUGUAACUCAGCAUAAGAUAUGCUUUUUUUAAAUAGCUUUAAUUAUUGUAGGGCAUACUUCAUCCACUGCAAGCUCUCACAGUGUCAGUGUUCCAUCUGCAUUAAUUUGUGAAAUAAGUAGAAAAGCUCGUCAACUGACAGGGGUUAUGAGGUGUUUGAAGUAGUUUUUGUUACAUCGCCGCGAGAUGCACAGUGCAGUGUGGCAGCUUUGUGAACUUUGAAGGAAUUGUAACGGUAAUAAAUGUUGCUUUGUGUAAUGCACGUUAUCUUCAAGCAAGAACUCGAUGUUACUACUUCUCACAUUUUAUAAUAAAUUUUUAUUGCACCUUCAAUCACUCUAAACAUGUAAGAGGUGGGGGACCUAGAUAUAAAACACAAUGAAGUCACACACGCACACGUGUCUGACUUCACGAUUAUCGCAUUUUCUGCUCAACAGAAGUUGAAGCUGGGGGAACCCUUUUUUUCAGUGUCACCAGAAGGCAGUAAUUAACAUUCCAGAAAACCUUAGCUGCCUCACCCAGAGGUUUUAGCCACGCCUGACUGGCCGUCCUG